GGUAUCCAACGGGUUACAUAGUUGCUGCAUUAUUGAAUUAUGCAGUAAUUAAUUCUCUGGGUUGGCGCGCAAUGUUCUCGCUAAGUUCUUUCUCCGCUCUUUUAAUCGGUUUAAUAGGAACUUCUAUAAAAGUAUCUAAUUCAUGGAGAAAAAUACUUAACGAGCGUAAUAACAAUGGACAUAAUUUGAUAGUCGAAAUGAGAAAG